AUGUCAACAGAAGAUUAUUAUGGUGACGAAGAUCCUUAUGGUUUCGAAGAAGAAACUGCCCCAAUCACAGCAGAAGAUUCAUGGGCUGUUAUCUCUUCCUUUUUCCGUGAAAAAGGUUUAGUAUCCCAACAAUUGGACUCAUUUAAUCAAUUCGUCGACUAUACUUUACAAGAUAUCAUCUCUGAAGAUUCAACUUUAAUUCUAGAACAAUUGGCACAACAUACUACCGAAUCUGAUAAUAUAAGUAGAAAAUACGAAAUUAGUUUUGGUAAAAUCUACGUAACAAAACCAAUGGUUAAUGAAUCAGAUGGUGUUACCCACGCUUUGUAUCCACAAGAAUCUCGUCUACGUAAUUUAACUUAUUCUUCAGGUUUAUUCGUUGACGUGAAUAAAAGAACUUAUGAAGCUGUAGAUGUGCCAGGUAGAGAUUUGAAUUAUCAAUUGAUAGCAGAAGAGAGUGAAGAAGAUAAUGAAAACGAUAAAGUCUUUAUUGGUCGUUUACCGAUCAUGUUAAGAUCCAAGAAUUGUUAUUUAAGCGAUGCAACCGAAUCAGAUUUGUAUAAAUUAAAAGAAUGUCCAUUUGAUAUGGGUGGUUAUUUCAUUAUUAAUGGUUCCGAAAAAGUUUUGAUUGCUCAAGAACGUUCUGCUGGUAACAUCGUUCAAGUCUUUAAGAAAGCUGCUCCUUCUCCAAUAUCUCACGUUGCAGAAAUUAGAUCCGCCCUAGAGAAAGGUUCAAGAUUUAUCAGUACAUUACAAGUUAAAUUAUAUGGUAGAGAGGGUUCUUCUACUCGUACCAUCAAAGCUACUUUACCUUAUAUUAAACAAGAUAUUCCUAUUGUAAUUAUCUUUAGAGCUUUAGGUAUCAUUCCAGAUGGUGAAAUCUUAGAACAUAUUUGUUACGAUGUUAACGAUUGGCAAAUGUUAGAAAUGUUGAAACCAUGUGUUGAAGAUGGUUUCGUCAUUCAAGAUCGUGAAACUGCUUUAGAUUUUAUUGGUCGUCGUGGUACUGCCUUAGGUAUUAAAAAAGAAAAGAGAAUUCAAUAUGCAAGAGAUAUUUUACAAAAGGAAUUUUUACCUCAUAUUACACAACUAGAAGGUUUUGAAAGUAGAAAAGCUUUCUUCUUGGGUUAUAUGAUUAAUAGAUUAUUGUUGUGUGCUUUAGAUCGUAAGGACCAAGAUGAUCGUGAUCAUUUCGGUAAGAAGAGACUAGAUUUAGCCGGUCCUUUAUUGGGUCAAUUGUUCAAGACAUUAUUCAGAAAAUUAACUAAGGAUAUCUUCCGUUACAUGCAAAGAACUGUCGAAGAAGCCAAUGAUUUCAAUAUGAAAUUGGCUAUCAAUGCCAAGACCAUCACAUCAGGUUUGAAGUAUGCUUUAGCUACAGGUAACUGGGGUGAACAGAAAAAAGCCAUGUCUUCAAGAGCAGGUGUUUCACAAGUUUUAAAUCGUUAUACAUAUUCAUCUACAUUAUCACAUUUAAGAAGAACUAAUACACCAAUUGGUCGUGAUGGUAAGUUGGCUAAGCCACGUCAAUUACACAAUACCCAUUGGGGUUUGGUGUGUCCUGCAGAAACACCAGAAGGUCAAGCGUGUGGUUUAGUUAAAAACUUGUCAUUAAUGUCAUGUAUUUCUGUUGGUACUGAUCCAAUGCCUAUCAUCACUUUCUUGAGUGAAUGGGGUAUGGAACCUUUAGAGGAUUAUGUUCCUCAUCAAUCUCCAGAUGCCACAAGAGUUUUUGUGAAUGGUGUCUGGCAUGGUGUGCACAGAAAUCCUGCUAGAUUAAUGGAAACUCUAAGAACUUUGAGAAGAAAGGGUGAUAUUAACCCAGAAGUUUCUAUGAUUAGAGAUAUUCGUGAGAAAGAGUUGAAGAUCUUUACAGAUGCGGGUAGAGUUUACAGACCUUUGUUUAUUGUAGAGAAUGAUGAACAAUUAGGUCAUAAAGAAUUAAAGGUAAGGAAGGGUCACAUUGCUAGAUUGAUGGCUACUGAAUACCAAGAUAUCGAAGGUGGUUUCGAGGACUCAGAGGAAUAUACCUGGUCCUCUUUAUUAAAUGAAGGUUUAGUGGAAUAUAUAGAUGCGGAAGAAGAAGAGACUAUUUUAAUUGCUAUGCAACCAGAAGAUUUAGACCCAGUACAGGAAGAGGAAGAAAUGGAAGUAGAUGAGAAUGUAGAUACAGCCAAACGUAUUAGGUCCGUACAUCAUGCAACUACUUUCACCCAUUGUGAAAUUCAUCCAUCGAUGAUUUUAGGUGUUGCUGCAUCUAUUAUUCCAUUCCCAGAUCAUAAUCAAUCUCCUCGUAAUACUUAUCAAUCUGCGAUGGGUAAGCAAGCUAUGGGUGUUUUCUUAACUAAUUAUAAUGUUCGUAUGGAUACCAUGGCUAAUAUCUUAUAUUAUCCACAAAAACCAUUAGGUACUACCCGUGCGAUGGAAUACUUGAAAUUCAGAGAACUUCCUGCAGGUCAAAAUGCCAUUGUUGCCAUCGCCUGUUAUUCCGGUUAUAACCAAGAAGAUUCUAUGAUUAUGAAUCAAUCUUCGAUUGAUCGUGGUUUAUUCAGAUCCCUAUUUUUCAGAUCUUAUAUGGAUCAGGAAAAGAAAUACGGUAUGUCCAUUACUGAAACAUUUGAAAAACCACAACGUACAAAUACUUUGAGAAUGAAGCACGGUUCGUACGAUAAGUUGGAUGAUGAUGGUUUAAUUGCACCAGGUGUUAGAGUUUCUGGUGAAGACAUCAUUAUUGGUAAAACAACACCAAUUUCACCUGACGAGGAAGAAUUAGGUCAAAGAACUGCAUAUCAUUCUAAGCGUGAUGCCUCUACUCCAUUAAGAAGUACAGAAAAUGGUAUUGUUGAUCAAGUUUUAAUUACCACCAAUCAAGAUGGUUUGAAGUUUGUUAAAGUUCGUGUUAGAACUACAAAGGUUCCUCAAAUUGGUGACAAGUUUGCUUCUCGUCAUGGUCAGAAAGGUACCAUUGGUAUUACAUAUGGUCGUGAAGAUAUGCCAUUUACUGCAGAAGGUAUUGUUCCUGAUUUGAUUAUUAACCCACAUGCUAUUCCAUCUCGUAUGACUGUGGCGCAUUUGAUUGAAUGUUUGUUGAGUAAGGUUGCAGCAUUAUCUGGUAAUGAAGGUGAUGCUUCUCCAUUUACUGAUAUUACUGUUGAAGGUAUCUCCAAAUUAUUACGUGAGCAUGGUUACCAGUCUCGUGGUUUCGAAGUUAUGUACAAUGGUCAUACCGGUAAGAAAUUGAUGGCACAAAUUUUCUUUGGUCCAACUUAUUAUCAACGUUUGAGACAUAUGGUAGACGAUAAGAUUCACGCCAGAGCUCGUGGUCCAAUGCAAGUGUUAACAAGACAACCAGUUGAAGGUAGAUCAAGAGAUGGUGGUUUAAGAUUCGGUGAAAUGGAAAGAGACUGUAUGAUCGCACAUGGUGCUGCUUCUUUCUUGAAGGAAAGAUUAAUGGAAGCUUCAGAUGCUUUCAGAGUGCAUAUAUGUGGUAUCUGUGGGUUAAUGACAGUCAUUGCUAAACUAAACCAUAAUCAAUUUGAAUGUAAGGGUUGUGAUAACAAGAUAGAUAUUUACCAAAUCCACAUCCCAUACGCUGCUAAAUUGUUAUUCCAAGAAUUAAUGGCCAUGAAUAUUACACCUCGUCUGUAUGCUGAUCGUUCGAGAGACUUUUAA